AUGGUGCAUCUUCAUAAGAGCUAUGGAAGAAAUUCAGUUCUAACCUUGGCAAGCAGAUCAUCAUUUAAUUUUGUUAAUGUGAGUCUGUCUUUAUUUCCAGCUGGUUCGCGCAGAUUCAGUGGCACUCAGUGGCACAUGCAGAACAUCAUUAAUGACUCUGUGGAGAGCUCAGACGAUGAAUUUUUUGAUGCCCGAGAGGAGGUGGUGGAAGGGAAAACUGCCAUUCUCAUAGGAAUGAGCCAGUGGAACUCCAAUGACUUGGUAGAGCAGAUCGAAACAAUUGGGAAGCUGGAAGAAAAUCAAGCAGGUGAAGAGUCUGCGGUUUGCUCGUCUGGCUUUCUCCAGGAAAAGCAACGUGAAUUAUAUAGAGCGUCUUUGAGAAAACAAAGAUUCCCUGCACAAGGCAGCAUUGAAAUACAUGAGGACAAUGAGGAAGGAGCUCAGCACAGGAACUGUAAAACUCACGUCCUUAUUCUUGUCCUACAUGGGGGCAACAUCUUAGAUACAGGAGGAGGGGACCAGAACUGCAAGAUGGCUGACAUCAACACCUUCAGUUCCGUGUUUGAGAAGGUGACCCGAGCCCAUUUCCCUGCUGCACUGGGCCACAUCUUAAUCAGGCUUGUCCACUGCCCAGCCAUCUGUUUGGAGGCUUUCUCUCUUGUUUCCAACCUGAAUCCCUACAGCUAUGAUGAGAAUUGCCUGAGCAGUAGUGAAGACCACAUCCCACUGGCUGCCUUGCCCUUGCUGGCCAUUUCCUCCCCUCAGUACCAGGAUGCAGUUGCCAUGGUGAUUAACAGAGCCAACCAAGUUUACAAUGAAUUUCUCAAGUCUCCAGAUGGGACUGGUUUUAAUGGACAGGUGUGCCUCAUCGGUGACUGUGUUGGAGGAAUUUUGGGGUUUGAUGCCAUCUGCUACAGUGCUGGCACCGCGGGCGAGAGUCAGAACAGUAGCAGGAGAGGGAGCCUCGGCAGCAUGCAGGAUAAUCCCCUCUUAGCAGAGGAUUCCAGUCUGGGUGGCAGCAAACGCCUAAGCAAAAGUAAUAUUGACAUUUCGGGAAUCAUGGAGGAUGAGGAGCCAAGGCAACCGUUGCCAAGGAAACAGAGCGACUCAUCCACUUAUGACUGUGAUACUAUAUCCCAACACCAUGCUUUCCUGUCUAGUAUCCACGCGAGUGUUAUGAAGAACGAUGCAGACUUUCCUCCUAUGAGCAGCUCCAGUCUCUCGGAAGUAAACCUGGGACGGUUUGAAUUUGAAGUUUCAGAUUUCUUCCUGUUUGGAUCACCACUUGGUUUAGUACUGGCCAUGAGGAGUACUGUUCUGUCUGGACUGGAUGUGUGCCAGGUCCGUCCAGCUUGCAGCCAAGUGUACAGUUUCUUUCACUCUGCUGAUCCCUCUGCCUCCAGGCUUGAGCCAUUGUUGGAGAAAAAAUUCCACCUCUUGCCUCCAUUUAACGUCCCAAGGUACCAGAGAUUUCCACUGGGAGAUGGAAGAUCACACCAGUUAGCUGACACUCUUCACAACCAGAGCGCCCUGUUUCUUGAGAACAUCUCCAGGGUCACACCCGCCUCUCCAGAGACUCCAGAAUCUCCAGACACGCAGAGUCAGUCACAAGGAAAGACAAGGAGGACAAGCUUGGUCAGCAUGAACAGUGAAACCUCCGGGUCAACAGAGAGCUUGCCAUCAGCAAACAUCUCCAGUAUUACUGCCAAAUGGUGGGGAACAAAGCGAAUAGAUUACGCCCUGUACUGCCCAGAUGUUCUAACAGCAUUCCCAACAGUGGCCCUGCCCCAUCUCUUCCAUGCCAGCUACUGGGAAUCAACUGACGUCGUGGCAUUCAUUUUAAGACAGGUGAUGAGGUAUGAAAAUGUGAAUGUCAAGGAAAAUGACAGCUUGGACCCUGCAACACUAAGCCCCUCCAAUCCACGAGAGAAAUGGCUACGCAAGAGGACACACGUCAAGCUCCGAAAUGUAACUGCCAAUCACAGAGCAAACGACGUCAUUGCAGCCGAAGAUGGUCCUCAGAUACUGGUUGGGCGGUUUAUGUAUGGCCCCCUGGAUAUGGUCGCUUUAACGGGUGAAAAGGUUGAUAUCCUUAUUAUGACAGAACCCUCUUCGGGGAGGUGGGUGUAUUUCGACACAGAGAUCACCAAUAGCAGUGGCAGAAUAUCCUACAACGUACCCAAACAGAAGAGGCUUAGAGUUGGCGUGUAUCCCAUCAAAAUGGUGGUUAGGGGCGACCAGAGCAAUGCACUGAGUUACUUGACUGUGCUUCCCCCGGGAAUGGAGUGUGUGGUGUUUAGCAUUGAUGGCUCCUUUGCAGCGAGUGUCUCAAUCAUGGGUAGUGACCCCAAAGUCCGAGCUGGGGCAGUCGACGUUGUCCGCCACUGGCAGGAUCUGGGAUACCUGAUCAUCUAUAUCACUGGCCGUCCUGAUAUGCAAAAGCAGAGAGUGGUCUCCUGGUUAUCUCAGCACAACUUUCCUCAAGGGAUGAUUUUCUUCUCGGAUGGGCUUGUUCAUGACCCACUACGACAAAAGACGAUUUUCCUCCGGAAUCUAAUGCAAGAGUGCUACAUCAAAAUUUGUGCUGCAUAUGGCUCAAUGAAGGAUAUUUCCGUGUACAAUGUUUUGGGUCUGUCGCCUUCCCAGAUCUACAUAGUUGGACGUCCGACAAAGAAAUACCAGACUCAAUGUCAGUUCCUCAGUGAAGGUUACGCGGCGCACUUAGCCUUGCUGGAGUUCAGUCUCCAUUCACGGCCCAAGAAGAACAACUCCCGGAUGAUCUUGAGGAAAGGAAGCUUUGGCCUGCACUCCCAGCCCGAGUUUCUGCGGAAACGGACUCACCUUCGCAGGACUAUGUCUGUGCAGCAGCCUGACCCACCUUCGUCAAACCCCAAACCAGAGCGUGCCCAGAGCCAGCCUGAAUCAGACAAAGAUCACGACAGGCACCUGCCCCCCAUAGCCUGGGUUCGAGGUGGGGUCCAUAAAUUUGAGUCUGCGCCUUAG